AUGGACAGAAUUCAGAUUUUACAAUCAGCAAUCCUGUACAACGAGGGAGAUAAUACAGAGAGUGAUGUAAUACAUGAGUUCCUGAGCGAGGAUGAAGAUUUUUUUUCGCAAGAUGAAGAGGAGAUAGUGGAGUAUUUGGAAGAGGAGUUUUUGGAUGAAGCUGGAGAUAUGCCCGAGCUGGAUGAGUUCCUAAAGUCUGAGGAAUCCAUGGAUUGUGAUCAGGGCAGGACAGCUUCUGUGAUCCAUCAAAAUCCUGCGUAUUCUGCAAAUAAUGCUGAAGUAGAGUCAGAAUUUUAUACAAAGUGCAAGGGUGGCAGUUUGUGGAGUAAGAAACCUUUUCUGCUGUCUAAAAAGGUUCCUGCACACAAUAAGAUUCGUGGUCCAGUAAACAAAUUCGUUCUUCCACCAGGUAUUGUAGAGCCGGAUGAUUUUCUCAUUUUGUUUUUGAAGGACAUCAUUCCAAUAGUUAUCCUUCACACUAAUGCUUACGGAGAAAAAUAUUACGCUGAAAAGGACAAGAAAAACCAGUGGAAACCAGUGGAUGAGAAAGAAAUGAAAGCUUUCAUCGGUAUUUUAUUUCUGAGUGCAGCUUUCAACUUGGAGUCGCGGCCGAUUCAAAUGAUCUGGGAUCAGUCUUAUGGAGUGAAUGUGAUCCUAGCCACAAUGUCACGAAAUCGCUUCCAAGAAAUCAUGCAAUUCCUGCGAUUUGAUGACCGGGACUCACGCUCUACAAGAAAGGAAAAAGACAAACUGGCGCCUUCGACGAGCAACUGGUGA